AUGGAUGUGGAAAUGGCGGAUAGUCCGUCAGAAGAGAACUCUUCUACUCUUGAAAAGAUGGACCUGAUUAAGACUGUGAGAGGCCUUGACCAGAGCGGUCCGGGAGAGGAUGGAAAGAAUCUUGAAAAGCUAUGGAAACAUUUGACUGUAUCUGCAGAUGGUCAAUUCCAUGCUGCUGAGGAAAGCAGUUUGCGAUGGCUGCUAAAGUCAAUGAACGGGUCGUCGAAAGAUGCCGAAACUUUGCGACGAUGGCCUUUGACCUGGACAAUUCUUGAAUGCGUCUUUCAGCGCAUUCCUUUAUUCUCACUAGCCAAAUCACUCGCUGACCGACGGUUCAUUGUUGUUUUGCAACAAACAUUGAAGGAUAUUUCCCAACCAACUACAGAUACAUCAUCUACACCUUCGAAGAGGAAGAGAUCGACGACAAAAAGUUUCAACCUGGACGCUCUAAGGGACACCGAAGGAUGCCUAAUUGCUGGCGACGCCCUAUUUAGCGCUCUGAAGACACUCUUGGACCGCCUCGAUUCCUCCGCGACGCAAUCAUCUCACGACAAGAUCGGUGCCGAGCAUAUUCGAUCGCUUUUCUGUACCUCUGCAGCCGACGCUGCGUCGUUAACCUCCCUUUCACUGAAGCUGUGCGAUGUUGCGCUUACCAGUACCGAUGAGCAGGAGGGCCGCGAGACAUGGAUCGAGACGACAACAUCCAUCUGGGAUUUACACCUCCAGGGGAGCGACGAUAUGAUGGAAGUUGCCACGCAGUUAUUUUCUCCGGCCACGGCUAUCCUCGACAAGUUGGAAGGAAUCUCAGGAUCGCAAACAACCGCUGUGCGCGAAUCUUUGCGAACGAAGUGGACGAUUGACCUGGAAAAGCUUAUGCACCGCAAUUUGAUACUCCCUGCUCGAGCCGCAUUUAUCAACCGACAAGAUUUGGAACCUAUCACAAAAGCACUUCAAGCUGCCAGCAACAAUCUUGAUGUGGCAGCUCCUGCGCUUUACUUUUUGGCAUCGAGCGUAACAGAUGCGCUUGGCGAAGGAAGGCUGCGAAAAGGGAAUGUCGACUGGACAAAGCAGAUUUUCAAGGCCGCGGAAGGCUCACUUAGGGAUCGUAAAGAUCGAGAUCGACUUGUGCAAGUCGUCCUGGAGCGGGCAGCUGAGAAGUCGAUGGCGAUUGACACGGAGGAUCUGCGCUCUGUCUGUCGAGAGUAUGCCCUACAGGAACAGAGCACAAACUGGCGCUUGGUCGCGGUGGUCGCCAGCUGUGAUCCUGAUAUCUUCCUUCAGCGAUCUGAGGAAGGCGCGCGUUUAUUAGAGACUGUCUGCGAACGAAGCACCUCGCAGGAACUUACCCAGAACGACCAUGAAUCAGUUUCGAAGAUUAUCAAGGCUAUUGCGGAAGUUUUCCGAACUGGACGAGUGUUUGGAGAUUUCUUGAAGCUUUGGUUUCAGCAGUUGUGCAAGGUCGAGAAGCAGAAGAGCAAGAUUACCUCACCUUGGCUUCAGGUCGGUCAGGUGCAACAAGGCCAUGAUUCAUUCGAGAUUUUGAUCGAAAAGGAGAUGUCACCACAGCAGCUGCUUGACGUCCUGGAAUGGGUUAAAAACGAUAAGUUGCACGCCAGGGCUCUGUGUCUUUUCCUGGACUCCAUUGCACAAGGCAUUAAAAGCGAAACUUACGUGGAUGCCGUUGGUAGUAAGCUCUUUGACUUGGUCAGCGACGUGAAGAAAUCAUCGUCUGCUUUGACUGCCUUGAAGUGGGGAGUUGUGUCAAAGACCAUUUCCUGGGUCACAGCCGAAUCAAGAUCUGAGAUUUGGUCCGCAGUACAGGGGCAACUAACCAAGAUCUUGUCCGAGUCCCCUGUUGAGUCCAGAGAGACAUAUGAGGCAUUCAAGUGCUGCUGUCAGGCUUGGAUUUCAAUGAGCCCCGAUGGUGUCCAUAUCGCCGAACCCGCAGGCCUGGUAGAUGCUUUCACAACCCGACUAUCGUCAGAACUUCUCUCUUCAAAGUCUUUGAAGUGCAAGGAUUUAUCUUUGUUUCUACAGCAGAGCUCUGCACCAGCUUUCCUCGAGGAGGCAGCCGCGGAGCAUUACCUGGCUUGGUUCCUGCAAGGUUGCUCUCGGCUCACUCGUUUCGUUUAUGGCACAAAGGCGACUCUUCCCCAAGCGUUGGAGAAUGCGUUGGCCCUACCUAGCAGCCAAGCUACUCAGCUAAGAGAUAUCUGGGCCUGCCUCCUCGAAAACGAGAACAGCAUGAACAGUGUCAAAGUUGCUAGCAAUCUCAUUGAUCGCUUAAUCAACUCCUUGGAAGAGGACGGAAAGGAGAAGCGCUGGCCUGCAGAAGGUAGCCAAACCUGGAUUCGAAGCUUGAGCAGUGCUCAUACAGAUGCCUUCACUCGAUCUCAACGAGAGCGUAUCAUGGCACUGCUCCAUGCACACAGGCAAAAAACAACAAAGCGUGUGUCUAUUGAGGGCUGGAGAUAUAUACUCACAUUGUCAACUAAACUGAUGAGCCGGGCAACAUUCUAUGAUGGCAUGCAAUUCUCGCAUCUCGCUGAAGUUGCGGAUGCCAUGUCAGAUCUGUCGAGCUCAACGCCAACACAAGACGGCAGUCUGACCGAUCUUAUCGACGCCUACUAUGCCAUGGCAGCGGCUACGAUCCGACAGAUGACAGAGCACGUGGACGAACGAAGUGUCAAGUAUCUGAGUGAAAGCCGUAGCUUCAUUUCCGACUGUGAAGAUGCCGGAGAUUUGUCACCUUUCCGCCUGACAUUAUUGAAGGCAUUGAUCACCGAAGUUUCUAAGUCAGCAAACUGUUCCAGCCAUCCUGAGUUGAGCUCAUUGCCAGGGGUUGCAAAGGAUGCACUUGGAAAGUGUGUGAUUGCUGCGACUGGGUACUUCCUGACAGAGAAGAAGGCGUUUGAGAGCUACAAUGUUGCUGCCGACCUUCGAUUAUUUGCAGCAGUUGACGCUGCUGAGUCAUUGGAGAGCCUCACAGGAGCCACCAAGCUCAAGCAAUCAGAUGUGCGAAAGGCUGAGAAGCGAAGCCAUGCGGCUAUGGAAUCGGGUGAUUUGAGAGGAUGGAAGGUGGAAACGUUCCUCAGAACAUUCUUCACACCACUUCUCGAGGAACCUCGACCAACGACAUUCUACAGUCUUAGCCAAGUCCCUCAUAAACUUCGCGAGCCCUAUUUCAAGAGCAAUGUUGUUUCAAUCAUCAAGUCGAUGGACACCUCCGCAAAGAUGGAUUAUUUGAGGGAACUUGUUCAAGCGUUUGUGCAAGGUUCAAGAACGGAUGGUCAAGCAUCAGCUAUUCAUACCGUUGUAAACCAACUUCUAGCAUCUUCCGACCUCCAGGCUGAGGGAUCUAGCUUUGACCUAGCCACUGCUCACAGCGAACUGACCUCAACACUCUUGACACUAAAGAGCCAAUCCGUAUCCACUCAUGUGUGUCGAAUCCUUCGUGCUUUGUUGGAGAAGAAGCCUCAAUCCAUGACCCAGUGGAAUAUUGAGCUUGUUCUUAACACCGUUUCCGACCUGAGCCUUUUUACUCAGCCACUUGACGAGGAAUUGCCCAACGAGAUAGUCCCAUACUCGUCGCUAUGCGGGCUUUUAGAGAUCAUCAUCAAGAAGCACCGCCUCAGGCUUGAGGGUCAUCAUCACCUGCUAUUGUCAACGAUGCAGGCCCUCCUCCGCAACCUAAUUAUUAACCACGGCGCUACUGAUACCUUGGGACAAACUCUACAAGAGUCCAAGGCUCAUCUAUAUGCUCGUCUUAUUACUCUCAUUUGUGAGCCAACUGCUGGCGCGGUGUCUCGAUCUCAGCAUCAAAGCGCUUUGGACUCGGCCACGGAUGCGGCGAAGCGUUCGGCUGGAAGACACAUGUAUCUGAUUAUGAUGCAGUAUGUCAAGCUGCAGCUUGAAGCUGACGUACCACGCCGAGUAAACGACGCUCUUGAGCCAGCGAUGAACUCUAUCUUUGAUGUUACACCUCCCGAGGUGCGCAAGAUCCUGAACGAUGCCAUGGAUAAGAGUGGACGUGCCAUUCUGAAGGAAAUGUUCAAGAGAUACACCAAGUUUGGUAAAUGGAGUGGCGUAUAG